UAAACCCCACUGCUCAUAUGCGCGUGUGUUAUAAGGACUCGGUCCGCUGUCAGUGGUUCAUGUCUCCCCGUGAUGCGGAGCUUGACGCGUGAUGUAAUUUCUCUGCACGCAUAAAUAUAGUCGUCGGGCUAAAAAAGCGCGGCAUGGAGUUUUGUUGCUGAGCGGUGGUAAAGUCACUUCGGACCUGCACACUUGGACUCGAGUGAUUUCAGGGCGCUCGCGGUACCACAUCGAGCGCGACUUCAUGUCGCUCAACAGCUCGAGCCGCGGCUUCGCCUGUGAGUAAGCGCUUUUGCUCUGUGGAAUCUUUAUUUGGGGGGCGGCGAGGGGGACCGUGAACACAAAAAUAGACAAAGAGCUUAUUUUUAGCGUAUUUGAACUCCUGCAGUCAGUGACGCGUGCCUCCGUGUUGGUCAGGAGGAUGAGUGUUCAUUCGGCCCUCUUGCCGUUACUGGUGUUGGGACUUGUGGCGAGCUCGGUGCGUUGCGCUCCUCUGCCCGUGGAGCGACGCUGGGAGACUCUUUACUCGCGCUCUUUGGCCCGGAUUCCCGGGGAGAAGCGAGAAGUCAACCGGGACAGUGACUAUCUCACGGGCAUUAAGAGACUGCGGCGCCUCUACUGCAACGUGGGCAUUGGGUUUCAUCUCCAAGUAUUACCCGACGGUAGGAUUACUGGGGUGCACAACGAAAACCGUUACAGUCUUCUUGAGAUAUCUCCGGUCGAGCGCGGAGUCGUGACACUGUACGGCGUCCGGAGCGAGCUAUUCGUGGCCAUGAACAGCAAGGGGAAGCUCUACGGAUCUGCGCAGUACACCGACGAGUGCAAGUUUAGAGAGACGCUCCUGGCAAACAACUACAACGCGUACGAGUCCAUGGCAUACCCGGGCAUGUACAUCGGACUGAGCAGGACAGGCAAAACAAAAAAAGGAAACCGAGUGUCAACAGCAAUGACGGUGACACAUUUCUUGCCGAGAAUCUAAACGAACAAGGAAGAAGGCACAAGACAUGCAGCCAAUGCGGGGGGCAAGACCGGACGAUGCACUUUCUACAAAUCUUACACACGAGGUCAAGUGUAUCGCAUUAUUACUAUUAUCAUUAUUAUUAUCAUGUAUAUUAGCCUAUUUAUAAUCGUUCGUUUUAUAUUUCCUUUUAAACAGCCUCUUUCUAUGAGUGGAAAAAAACACUUUUAAUUUAUUUGUUUAUUUAUCCUUUCUGCUGCUACCGAGUGUUUAAUAACUGAAAUUCCUACAAUUAACUACAAUAUGGAUUUUUUGCACUGUUGUUUUUUUUUGUUUGUUUAUUUCUUUUAAAAACUUUUAAAGUUAAGGAGAACAGUGGUGGAGGUUUUGUCCCUCAAAAUGAAAGCUAAAACUUAGGCUACGUCUAAAACCGCAUUGAACUACACCGAACCACACCUGCGCAUGCGUGUAAAUUGGCGCAUGCAAGCUACUAUUCUGACCUACUGUUUAGUAUACGUUUUGGACGUAGCCUCAUGGUGGAGUGCAUGAAAGAAAGAAAUACGAGUUACACCCACGGAAGAACUCGUCAAUAUGACUUGGACGCAUUAUUAUUAGAAGUACCGUUGGCUAUGAAUUGUGAUGCUGUGGCUAGGUGUAGUCUUGGGAAGAUGCAAAGACAAAGCAUAUAAUUGUGGGGAAACCUUACAGAAACCACUGUCUCAGAAAUAAAUGUAUCAAAUUGUACUUGUCACAUUUGUACCGUUAUAACGUAUCUUUUACCUGGGAAGGUGCAUGAGGUUUAUCUUUAAUUAGUCUUCAGAGUAAAGGUACAUCACUCCUUAAAAUCCAAUCAUGUACCAUGCUUAAAGGUAUAACAAUACAUAUUGGUACCACUCCAGUGACAAGCAAAACAUCAGUUUGCUCCCAUUAUUUCUGAGAUUUUAUUUUAUAUUCAGUUAGCUCCUAGAAAAUUUGAUAUAAGUUACCUGAACACGCUCCAAGUCAUAUUCAUGACUUCGAAAGUGGCAUAUGUGAAUUGCAGGAUUAGCAUGAAUACAGGAUUAGUUCAAGUUUCUUGACUCGUGAAAUUGUACCAACCCCAAUGGUAUUACGCACUGAAGCCAUUGUCCAAUGUCCGAGCUCUGGGGGUCUAACCGAAACAGUAUCGGCUUACUCUCGGCCACUGAAAGUGGGCUGUUGAAGUUCUACACCCCUCAAAUCUGUUUUUAGCUCUGCUCCAGUGGGGUGGGGUGGGGGUGUGGGAGUCCUGUGGGGUGGGGGGUCUGAACUCUGAACUUAUCUGCUGUCAAUCUUUGUCAGAUCUAUAGAGGAAGGUAUCUUCAAGUAAAAUCCAGACCACCUCAUACAAAUGAAAGUCAGUUCAGUCUUCCCUGUGGUACAAUAUGGGCCAUGCUGGUGUUCAGGGAAGCGUUAAACAAUCAGUAUUCAUAUGUACUGAUAAAAGAACAUCAGAUGUAUAGAAAAGUGGCCACUUUACAACGCAAUCCUCAAAGACCCCCUAGACGGACAUGUUACUUGUUCCGAGCUCUCAGCACACUUGUACCACUUAUUCAAUGUUCUUGAUUGCUUGGUGGAGGUGUGUUCAGGUCUGGGAUAAAGCAGAAAUGCAGGAAAAGUCAGGUUGAGAAACACUAUUCAUAUUCAUCUUUUUUUCUUUUGUUUGUUUCUGUGGUUCAUUCUUUUAUUUAUUAUUAUUUUUUAAUUAAUUUUAUAUAUGUUUAAAGGAGACAUAUGUCCCUUUCAGUCAUCCUCUACCUCAUAACGUUGUUGACCGACAGACUCCUCUUCCCGGUUUUGCUGACAGCAAAUGUUUUUCCUGUUGCUGCAUCGCCCCUCGGCUGAAGUCCUGGAAGGCCACUAGCUGCGCCUUGUCACGUUUGAGCUAUCUUUACCCUGUGAUUUACUUUUAGAAAUGAUAAUCAUGGUGGAAAUAUUUGAAGACAGCUGUGAGACUGCACUAUAUGCUAGACCGGUAACCCUAUAUUUUUCUUUAUAUAUUUUGUUAAAUAGAACAUUGCGUAAUUGGUGAAAUGCCGAGUGGCUGCUUUUUAGGUGGGGUGUUUCAGGAGAAGUAGGCUAACUGCUAUAACAGAAAGAGGUUUAUCAAAUCCAUUUCGGACUGACAGAGAUGAUCUCGAGUGAAGCAUUCCUUUUUAUUAUUUUUGUUUGUUAUAGGUACAAAAUUAAAUUAGCAUGAAAAUCAUUUGAGAAUGUUCUUUAAUUCAUUGAAGUCACAUGUUUUGUGUUACAUGGUGAAUGUGGAUAGGGAUAUGUGGAUGAGUGGAUUGAUUGGGGUGAUUGUGACUGAAAAUCUUGUUAGGCUGACUCAUGAACGAAAGUCUUUAUCAAAAAAUCACAGCCAUAUCUAUUGAGACAUCUUGUGAAAGAAGCAGAGGAACCUGUAUUACAGUAUUUGUUGAAAUUCACUCUGUUGCAUUGUAUAAUUCCUCUGCAUUACUAAUGAUCAUGUUUCUUUUCUUCCUGACUUUGUGGAAAUAUUCAUUUUGUUUGAUUUACCUGAAAUGUUGUUGCGUCAGAGGAGCCAUUUCCCUCUCCUUACUUCUUCCUUUCCUAGAGCCGUGUCAAACCUCUUUCCAAAUGGAGCUGUUUUGCAUCAUUGUGGAUAUUGUUUACAAUUGGCUGGAUGCUCAGUGAAGGCAAAUAGCUUCUCUGACCCUCAUCAUGAUCUGGAACAGAUACAAAUCAACCGGACUAGAUUUGCUUAACCAAAAGUGUGCAGCAUCAACAAGCACAGCCGAGAACUCCGAUGGUAGCAAGAAUGCAUGAACAGAAAUGCAUCAUUGCCUAGUCUAAUCAGCCACUCCACAACCACCUCUAAUAGCCUAAUGUCCAUUUUUAUGAGUUGUACUUAAAAACAAUAUGAACAGUAUGAAAAUAAACAAUUCAUUUUUAUUUCUGACAAUUCCUUUACGCCCAUUUCUCCGCAUCUCUGGUGAAGCUGUUGGACUGUCUGUCUGAGUCCUGUGGUGGUGUGCUCUGAACCUUGUUGUAACAUUUACCAAAUAUUGUCUGUAGUUUUAUACAGUUCCUGUUCAACAUUGUGAUGUAUGUGCUGUGCACAUGACAAUACCCUAACUUAAGUGGAAGUUAAUAAAGCUCAGAACAAAAAAAAAAAAAAAAAAAAUGAGCUGUGUUCUUUUAAUGCCUCCCUUUAGAAGAAAAAGCAGGGCUGAGCAGAAGCAAGGUUUAACCCGUGUCCACAAACCACAUCCACAGCUGGCAUACUGUAGCAUCAUCUUAACCAGGCAUCAAUAGUCCAUGGUCACAUAAAACACUAGUAAGAAUAGGCCACUUUGGAGUUUAAGUAUAGAAAAAAAGUUUGCUGGUGAGCCUAAAAAUACGCUUGCAGACACUGCUAGACUAUGCGUGGGCAGCAUUUCUGCAGGGACAGCAGUGCCAAGUCACUGUCUUGCCUUUGUUUACUUCGUCCAGGGCCUGGUUUGCAGAUUGGGCGGCUUUUACAGGCCGAACGGUUACUCCCAGGAGUGUAAUCCUCCCCCUUUAGUUCAGUAAGAUUGAUGCAGUAGACGCCUGGGAGGGUGCAGGAGGGAACGAGACUCUGCCCUUCCAAGCAUGCACUUCCCUGAAAGGAGAGCUAAGGAGAGGGCCCUUCCUUAUUCUUUAUUCUGAGUGUUGACUAAUGAAGUUUUUUUCUAGACUUCUACAGCAAAUUUGCUUUCUCUGAUUUGAUCAUUAAAACUCAUAAUUCUUAAACAGUUCAUGACAAUAUACCACCCGGCAAGUCCAAAUCAGUUUACUGAGCAUAAUAUAGAUGACAUUUACAAACCAAUUCUCUCUCUGCUUGAAGUAAUUUCGGCACAGGGGUGUAUAAGCUGGCAGGCUUGUCUCUAUUUACAAAGAUCAGCAUAUAGAAAUCCCUGCAAAGCUCCAAAGUCUCUCAUUUUAAUGUUAGCGCUUGCCACCAAAUGGACAACAGAAAUAGAUCUUGGGUCAACAGGACUCUGACAGUGGACUUGGAUGUCUACAGAAGCAUGAAAACCAUUUAACUGUUUAUAUCUGAAAUCACUGAGGUCAUAGUGGAGGUGUAGUUAGGCACACGUUAAUAAAAAAGCAGAUCAUGACUCCUGAUUUCUAAGAAAAAGCACCCUUGCAGAUCCAUUAAGAUUCUCAUCAUCCAUGUCUAGCAACAGGAAUGACUUUCAAAAGGUUCUUUUGAUAGUGUCGGUGAAUCCACAGCAUCCGCAAACUUCUAUUCAAAUAAACAUCGUGCCACAACAAAAGAGCAGGCAAACAGAGACAGGUGUGGUCACUUAAUACACAACACAAGUAUUCCUGGCCAUGAGCUGGAGCUAAAUGGAGCUCUGUCAUUGCCUGAAAGAAUGACAGCUUUCUGCUCCAAUAAACGGAAUGUAUGAGGGCUGUAAAGGCCCCCCUUAAAAUAGCUGCCCUAUUCCACCUACCUGCGUCAGCUCCGUCGUCUGUCAACCAAAUAAACAUUCAACCGCCUCUCAAGUGCCUCUUCUCCACUAAACAGUUUGGCCCCGAAACUGCCUUUAUAUUACAACAAGCCUUUCAAGUUCUCCAGCACAAAGACUUCACAAGGCACCCCAAUGACCGAAACAGCUCACAACGAUGCGUUUGCUAACAGGAAGUGCAUUGGCUGCUAAUUGACCAGUUGGUGAUUGGUACUCCAGGAGAAGAGCUCAGGCAGAUGUUGGGGAAAUGGAGCUGCUAGUGCUUAGCUAAUUUGUAUAUACACACCAUCUACUGUAACAGAACAUGGCACAUAUUCUUAUGAUGAUAGUAAUGUUAGACUAUAGGUUAGAUAUUAGAAAGUAUUUAGUCACACCACUAGUAGAAGUGUUUUAGACUUUAAAUCAUGCCAUAAAAAGUGUUAUAAAUAAGUCGUUGAUUUGUUGCUCCAUAGUAAAAUCAGUGCAUACUAUUAGAACUGAACAUUCAAAUUUGGGUUAACCACUGUAUCAGGUGAUCUCUGUUUUAGCUUUUAAUUUCUAUUCAGCCAUCAUGAAACGAUAGAAGCUUUUUAAUUGGUUGUUUAUUUAUUUGUACAAAACUGUCUUAUGUUCUU